UGUUUUCACUCGCGCUGACUACGUCACCAAGUUCAGUGACCGUCGAAAGUAAAAUGGCGGCGCCCACGGAAUUCGACUUCAGCGUAGCUUGCGCAUCAUUUCAAAAUGUUGUUCAGAAAGCCGUUGACAACAAUGAUCCAGAUCAGUGUUUCACAUUUGUUGAAUCCUAUUGUGGAAAUGAGCAAGAAAAAAAGGCAGCACUUGAUCAAGCUAUAAGGGAUGUAUUGCGGCAUAUGAUUGUCCUUGACCAAGGCUGCGACAGGUACAAGCAAGUUAUAGGACUAGUGGUGCAGGCUGUGUUAAAAGAAAUGUGCUCAGCAUCCACCCCAAUCAUCAUGCUUUCUGAUGUGUUUGACAUGCUUGUGCUAGCUGACUGCGAAGUGAUGUUUAAUUUUGUGGAAGAUGGAGUUUCAACUUGGAAAGCUGAGCCCUUCUUUGAUGCAGGAAAAAACUAUUUGCUCAGAAUGUGCAAUGAUUUGAUUCGGCGCUUAUCAAAAUCCCAGAAUACUGUAUUUUGUGGUCGAAUUCAGCUCUUUUUAUCAAGGUUGUUCCCACUGUCAGAGAAAUCAGCCUUAAAUCUGAUGAGUCAGUUCAACGUGGAAAAUAUCACAGAGUAUGACAAGAAACCUUCAAAAAUCCCCGUAAAACAGGAGAAGAUGGAAGUAGAAGAUGGAGAAGAUACAGCAGCAAACUCCAUUGUGAUAGAUUACAACCUCUACUGCAAAUUUUGGUCUCUUCAGGAGUUUUUCCACAAACCUACUCAAUGCUUUGACAAGGCUCACUGGCGAAUAUUUCUUAUGCACUCAGAUGAAGUGCUUGGUGCCUUUUCAAGCUACAAGCUAGAUGAUCUGGUAUCACAGCGAAAGAAACUGGCAAGGCGAGAUGACCAAUCACAUAAUUUCUUUGCUAAAUAUCUUACCAGUGAAAAGCUUCUGGACCUCCAGUUGUCAGACAGUAAUUUCCGUCGCUAUGUGCUGGUGCAGUUUCUGAUUCUCUUCCAAUAUCUCACGUCUCCUGUCAGGUUCAAGAGUGCAACACAAAUGCUUAGUGAAGAACAAACACAGUGGGUGAAGACAUCAGAGGAGCGAGUGUAUCAGCUUAUUUGUGAGACGCCGCCUAGUGGUGACAAGUUUGCUGACACGGUCAAACACGUCCUUCAAAGAGAAGAGAACUGGAAUGCCUGGAAGAAUGAUAGUUGUCCUUCCUUUGAGAGAGAAAAAGCAAAAGAAGCAACAAAACCAAAAAGUCGGCCCAAGAAGCGUCGUAUUGGUGAUGAUCUGCAGGUCAGUGGUGGUAAGAUCAUCAAGAUGGGUAGUGAGGAGCUCACUCGUCUCUGGAACCUCAACCCAGACAACAUGGAUGCCUGUCGCUCUGAAAAACGGGAGUUUAUGCCUACAUUGGAAGAAUAUUUUGCAAAUGCGAUCGAGCAGAAUGACCCAGAAGCCAUGCUGGAGGAGCAGUACAAGGACAUUAAUAACCAGAACUUCCAAUGGAAAGGCUUAAGGCUGCUUGCUCGUCGCAGCCCCCACUUCUUCCUCCACUCCAACCAGCCUGCCAUGCCCCUACCCAGCUAUCUGGAACUCAUGAUUUCUAAAAUUGCCAAAGAGAUGCCUGCUCAUGGGACUGAGGAGAUGAAGACACAAGUGGGAGAGGAGGAAGAAGAUGACAUGAAGGAACCCCAGGAGGAUGAGGAGAAUGGAGAAGAGCAUGAGCAAAAUGACAAAGAAGAGGUGAACAAUCUUAUCACGCGAGAUCAAAUGGUGGCAUUAGGACGUCAGCUCGGUGAUAACUGGAGAAAACUGGCAACAGAGCUAGGCUUUGGUGGUGAAGACAUUGCAGACUUUGAGGAACUGCCUGAUGAAGAAACAAAACUGCCUGGCACUAAAAUGAUCUUUUUGUGGCAGGAUAUGGAUAAAGAAAACAGAGUGCAAGCACUAAAAGACGCAUUGAAAGAAAUUGGACUAUCAAGCAUUACAGAGUCUGUGUUCGGGUCAUCUUGAAGCAUGUCGUGUCUGUUUCAUGCAGUUUUCUAAUUAUCCUCCUUUUCAUCUUUGGUUGUUGCAGAAUGGCAUGCUUUUGUGUAUGGCUUAAAUGAUAAUUACACAAGAUGUUUUUGUUAAUCUCAUUGCUGGAAUCAUUUUUUGUAAACAAACAAAAAACGA